GUAACGCUGCUAAAUCUCUGAGUCUUUGAUGGCCUAUUUAUAGGAACAUAACUCAAGAGCAAUAUAUAAAGUAAAAGUAAAUCCACAAGUUUCAGAAAGACACGCUUAACCUGCAGAGAUCGAUAUAAAAGGGCUUAAAAGGCAGAGGGCAUAAAGAAGAGUGCAAAGAUGUUUACUUGCAUAAACUGUACAAAAAUGGUAGACAGAGAUGAAGAAGAUGAAGAUGUAGCCCGUGGGAGCACUACUCCCAACACCAAAGAAGCUGUUAAAAGCCUAACUACACAGAUCAAAGACAUGGCGUCAAAAUUUUCUGGUACCUCUAAACAAUCCAAGCCACCCUCAGGCUCCUCAAGCACCAACUUGAGGAAAGAACAGAGAAAGUAUCCGGAUUUCGACGCUGCAUCUGAUAGUGUUCCAUACCCUUAUAUGGGUGGUGGAAGCACAAGUUCCACUCCUGCUUGGGACUUCCCAAACUCCUCUCACCAUCAAGUUGAACGGGCAGAUUCAAGAUUCACAUCAAUGUAUGGCGGUGAACGCGAUUCAGUCUCUGCUCAGUCGUGUGAUGUGGUACUAGAGGAUGACGAGCCAAAAGAGUGGGUGGCUCAAGUAGAGCCUGGUGUUCACAUUACAUUCGUCUCACUUCCUAGUGGAGGAAAUGAUCUUAAACGGAUACGUUUCAGCCGGGAUGUGUUUGACAAGUGGCAAGCUCAGAGGUGGUGGGGUGAGAACUACGAUAGAAUAGUUGAGCUUUACAAUGUUCAGAGAUUUAACCGGCAAGCCCUUCAAACCCCUGGUGGAUCCGAAGACCAGUCGCAGAGAGAUUCAACUUACACAAGAAUCGAAUCAGCAAGAGAAAGCAGAGACUGGACUCCAAGAAACAACUACAGGCCUCCAGGUGGUAGCAGCAUCCCACAUCAGUUUUACGGAGCUUCAAUGGACGCAGCACGAGACGAACCGCCUUCCCUCAGUAACGCUAGUGAGAUGCAAGCAGAGUGGAUUGAAGAGGACGAUCCUGGGGUUUACGUUACCAUCAGACAGUUACCAGACGGAACCAGAGAGUUACGCCGUGUCAGAUUCAGUCGGGAACGGUUUGGGGAAGUGCAUGCUAAGACAUGGUGGGAGCAGAACAGAGACAGGAUACAAACACAAUAUCUCUAACUAAGUGAGGGAAAAAGAGAGUCCACUUUUGAUCUUCUUUAACACAGAAUAAAAAAGUGCGUAGACCAGACCAGCAUUGGUUCUUAGAUAGUACCGGAUGCUUUGCAUUCUUCUAGUAGAUUAAGCAUGUGACGUUCCGGUGCACUGAGCG